CCUGCUCCGGCCGCCCAGCUCGUCGGAGGCCGGCAGCGUGGCCAUGUGCGCCCCGGUCAGCCUGCGGCAUGAGGCGGAGGGCAUGUCCUACCUGCACGCGUCCUGGGUGUAUCAGCUUCAACAUGGCGACCAGCUGAGGGUUUGCUUCGCUUGCUUCAAGGCUGCCUUUCUGGACUUUAAAGAGUUUUUGGAGGAGGAGGACUGGGAAGAUGAAGACUGGAACCCUGAGCUGGUGGUGCACACGGGGGCGGGGUCUGAGCUGGGGGCAUCCCCGGGGGUGGGGCCCGGCUGGGGGCAGGCCCAAGGGGGGCCUGCCCAGGGCGGGGCUGUGGCCUGGGGGCCGGACCCCCUGGGGGCAGGCCCUGUGGGGUACGAGGAGGUGGGCCUGGACCAUUACUUCGUGCCCACCGAGCUGGAGCCUCAGAACGCGGUGCCCCUGGGCCUGGGUCCCGAGGACGCUGACUGGGUCCAGGGCCUCCCCUGGAGACUUGGGAGGCUUCCGACCUGCUCGCACUGGCCAUGCUCCUCUCUUCCCUGGCAGGGGUUUCUCAGAGUGGACCUGCCCCCAGGGGCGCCCAUGGUCCUGGAGCUGGGCACCACCCAGGCCGUGGACCCUGCUGAGGCCGAGGCCUGGUUGCUGGGCCUGCAGGUCAUCUGUAUGGUGGGCUUCUACGAUGCCAUCUACUUCCGCAAGAUGAAGCCGACACGGGCCCUGAGGACCCCAGGCCAGCGUUGGAAGCUGGUGCUGGAGCCCAACGAGCUGUGGGUGGUGAGACUUCAAGACGCACCCCAGGUGCAGGACCUGCACCGGUGGCAGCUCAGUAUUCUGGAAUCCUCUCCUCCGGCGGGGAAUGAAGAGCUGGUCCCUGCAGACUCGGCCCUGCUUAAAAGGGGAUUCUCCAUCCUCUCUUUUUCACCCUGGGCCCAAAGGGAGGCAGAGGAGGGGGACUCGGCACCUGGGCCACAGCCCUCCAGCCGAGGAGGGGACCCGGGCCCCAGCGGGCCCAGAGGGCCUGGGGAGGGCCUGGCCGUCCCGGGAGCCUCAGCCCCGGGGGAGCUGCCGUGUUUCCAGCCCUUCGGCCCAGGGCCCCAGAACUGAGGGACUGAGGCCCGAGUGGUCACUGCUGUCCUGGCUUCCCCAGGACACCAGAGGCUGGGAAGGACUGGCAGACCUGCCAGGGUAGCAAGUGGCAGAGGUUGGGGACGGGGGGCCGUGGGGGAAGAGUGGUGAGUGGCCGGGAGACUGAGAAACGGGACCCAUCACAGUACCAAGUGGAAGGGGUAAACCCCUGUAACUGGGAGAGAAGCUCUCUGUCAGGUGUCACUGAGUUAGGAAUUUGAGGCACCUCAGGGUGUGCAGCAUUAAAUUGGGAGCAGCACACAGAUCUGUGCACCAGCCCUGUCCUGGCCGCGUCACGUGUGACACACUCCCAGGAACAUGCUGGACCUGGGGCACCACAGGGACAUGUAACUUCUCUACCUUUGGGUGCCUCAGAACCCUGUUAUCAGGACUGGGG